AUGGCUACUCCCUCAGAUAUAAACAAAUCACAGCGAAGACGAUCCAUAAGUUUACUCACGAAGUCACCACUUUCAGGGUCACCUACACCAUCUGCAAUAGCCCUGACAGGAGGAACAGCAUUAGCAGCUUAUAUAAAUGGUUCGCGACGUGGAUCACACGCAGGGUCGCAGAGCAAUUCGUACGUUUCAAAUGCACCAUUUUUACGGGAUGGACAUGGGUUCAGUGCUGCUGGCCAAAGUGAGGCAGUAUCAGCAGUCGGUGUUCCCGCUGGCGGUGAAGCUGCUAUUGAUGACUCGUCAUAUUCGGCAUCUCCUCCAUCAAGAACCACAUCGCUUCAUGGACAAGGCAAGCAACAAAGCUCGAUUCAAAAACAGAGUUAUGGAGCAGAGAAUGAUGAGGAAGAUGAGGGAACAUCCGUCGAUUUCAGCGAAGGUAUAGAUGAUCCCCGCAUGAUAUCUCAACUAUCCAAACAUUUACCCCCUCGUGGAAACCAUUUAAAGUCGGAAGGCGGUGACAUCACACAUGACUUGUAUAAAUUGCAACGUGACUUACAGUUGAAAAAUCAGCAAUCGCCGCGCUUGCAUAGAUCAAAAAGUUUUGAUGAUGAGCAUGGUUCUGAUAGUGGUCUGAUCAAGUCACGAGCCAGUUCGUUCAAUGUACCUGGUGGGUUUCGAAGAGAGUUUUUGGUGCAACAGCAGCAACAACAACAACAACAACAACAACAGCAGCAGCAAUUACAAGAUGCUGAUUCUGCAUACUACUGUCAACUCGAUGACGUGCCUUACAGACGUACCCCCAAUUUCUUGACUAAAAAUUUUAUCGAGUUUCUUAGCAUUUACGGACACUUUGCCGGUGAAGAUCUAGAAGAUGACGAAAACGAUAUGAGGCAAAGGUACAGGCACCCAGAUGAAGAAACUCCGCUCUUAGCAGAGCGAUCAUUAUCAGCGGCAACUCUAACUCCGAAAUAUAACCCCAAGGGAACUGCAACUGAUACAAAAGCAUAUUUCUUACUCCUCAAGGCAUUUGUUGGUACCGGUGUCCUUUUCCUCCCCAAAGCAUUUGCCAAUGGUGGGUUGACAUUCUCGAUAAUUACAUUGGGAAUGUUUGCAUUAUUAUCAUAUUGGUGUUACUUUAUACUUGUUGAAACUAAACUUGCCACUAGUGUUUCCGGUUUUGCUGAAAUAGGACUCAAAUUGUAUGGUAAGUGGCUCCAACGGUUAAUUUUGGCAUCCAUCAUCAUUAGUCAAAUUGGCUUCGUGGCGGCUUAUAUCGUAUUCACUGCGGAGAAUCUACGUGCAUUUGCACAAAAUGUCAACCUUGGCAAUGGCGCAUAUGGCGAGUUGAGUAUCAUAUGGUUUAUCGGACUUCAAGUUGUGCUUAUUGUACCCAUGAGUCUUGUUCGUGAUGUCACCAAGCUUUCCAUCCUGUCCUUACUUGCAAACUUGUUCAUCUUGACUGGGUUAGUCACAAUUGUCUACUAUAUCGGCUACGAAUGGCUCAUUUUGAACCAUGGGCAAGUGGGGCCUGCAGUUGAGUUUGGUUUCAAUCAAUCAAAGUUCUCAUUGUUUAUCGGCACGGCAAUAUUUGCAUUUGAAGGAAUCGGGUUAAUUUUCCCCGUUCAGGAAUCAAUGAUUUACCCACAUCAUUUCCCUCGGGUAUUGGCGAAAGUGAUGGUCACUAUUGUCAUUGUGUUUAUCGUUGUUGGCUCCAUGGGGUAUUUAACAUUUGGUAAAGAUGUGCACACGGUCAUUUUGUUAAACUUGCCACAGGAUUCAAUAAUGGUUAUCAUGACGCAGUUUUUCUAUUCAUUGGCGAUUUUACUUUCGGCUCCAUUACAAUUGUUCCCUGCUAUUCGAAUAAUUGAAUCGAAGAUGUUUAAAUUGAGUGGGAAGAUAUCAACACUGAUCAAAUGGCUCAAGAACUUGUUCCGGGCUUCGUUUGUCUUGUUUAUUGCGUAUAUUGCCCUUGUUGGUGGUGAGAAUUUAGACAAGUUUGUCUCGUUUAUUGGAUGCUUUGCUUGCAUUCCUUUGGUUUAUAUGUACCCGCCAAUGUUGCACUUGAAGAGUUGUUGUGGAACCAAUGACCCAAAGGAGCAGGGGCUCGAACAGGUGCAAGGACAGGGACAAGAUGUGAGUUUGAAAGAUGCCAAGCACAAGUACUGGUUGGCCAUCCUGGACUACGCCUUGAUAGCAAUUGGUGCGUUGGCCAUGGUUUACACAACGUACCAAAUUGCCUUGAACUAA